UUUAGCGAUGCUCUCGAGAAACAGUGAUCAGGUAUAUGACUUGAUAGUCAUUGGAGCAGGGUUUUCUGGAAUUGAAACUGCUCGAUUCUACCUCGAAGCACAUUCGAAGUGUCGACCAUUGAUAGUUGACAAGUAUGAGUAUCCAGGGGGUGUCUGGUCGAAGAGUCAUGUAUACUCAGGAUUCUGGUCGCAGACAGGUGAACGAAUGGUCGGCUUCUCCGAUCGUCCCUUCGAAUUGCCUAUAGAUGCGCCACGAAUUCACAUCGACUUGUUCGAAGCCAAAUAUAUGGCGGAAUAUUUCGACGAGUACAUGGACAGCCAUAGUUAUGAAGGCCAGACGUUGAAAGAUAGAACGAUGUUCAACUUCUCCGUGGAGCGUGUUCAAAAGGUAAAGGAUCUCUGGACAGUGAGCGGCGUCCAGAACGGCGCCAAUUUCGAUUUUCGGUCCACGAGGCUCACUGUCGCAACUGGUGCCUUUUCAAGGCCAUAUUAUCCAAUUAUGCAAGGCAGAGACGACUUCAAAGGGCCGGUCAUACACAGCAAGGAAUUUGGGCAGUCCAACGCACAAUCAGAUCCAAGUAUCAAGAAAAUAAUUGUCCUUGGAGCUUCCAAGUCCGCCGCGGAUUAUUCCUGGGUUAUCCGAAAGAGUGGCCAGGGACCCGGUCUCUUCCUUGAUCCAGCUGUGCCUGGACCGUAUAGAAAUUCGAUUGAGGUGGCACACGUCAAACUAUUCUCCAUCCUAUUUCCGAGCCCCUGGGGAUCUUUCUCGUGGUGGAGGCAUGUCUUACAUAGUACCAACUUCGGAAAACGCCUUACUCGAGGAUUCAUGUCGGCAGCAAUGUCAGUGGCCAUGAAAGCAGCAAAUUACCGCAACCGACCCGGAGCACGAGACGGAUUUCAAAAUUUGGAGCCAACCUUAGAGGUUGUCGUAGUCAGGGAAGAUGUUUCAUGUCUUGACAAUAGAGGAAUGGUAUUGGCAGACGGCUCUUCUGUCGCCACGGACGCGAUUGUCCUUGCGACUGGGUUCCUCGAUUCGCACACCUACUUUGACACGGAGCAAAAGAUUCAGCUUGGCCUACCUCAUCUCAAGUCCGAUGGUUCUUCAUCGGAGGCAGCCUUGUGGAAAAAGCUUGAAGAUGCAGCAGAACCCACCAUCCUCCAGUGUUAUCCUGCGUUUGCGGACCCCCCUAAAGAUAUCUACGUGGCACCUUGUCGGUCUUCAAGGACGGCAUUCCGGCUAUACAAGCACAUCACGCCAAUUCACGACCACUCCAUCGCCUUUCCUGGCGAACCACAAGUCGCCAACGCGUUUCGAAACGGGGAGCUGCGGGGGAUCUGGAUUACCGCGCUCUUUGAUGGGGCACUGAAGCUACCCACCGAGGAGAAGAUGCGGGAGAGCAUUGCAUAUGCCAACGUGUUCAGCCGACUGAAUGCACCGACAGCAGGACUGCAAGGUGAGUGGAUAACUCCAGCCGGGGGGAUGAGAUACUUCGAGGCAUUGCUGCAGGAAGUGGACUUGAAGUCGCAUAAGAAGUCGUGGCUACUCGACCUGGUUACGCCAUACAUUAUGAGCGAUUACAAAGGACUGAAAUAG